AUGGCGAGCGCAACAACUUCGACCCCGAAUAUGGUGACACCGAUGCGAUCUACAGACAGACUUCAUUCACAUGGGAUCGAUAGUCGGUCCAAUCACUUUUCGCAUCCGACGCAUCACGGCCGACAAGACGUGUUAGCCAUUAAACAACAGCUGGCCGACGCUUUGGGAGAAAACGGCCCACUUUACUGGGAUGCCCUCAGAGACUUUGUCAUGGGAAAACUUAACCGACAGGAAUUCGACUUUUACGCCAAUUUGUACUUGAGCCGUAAACAUGCUCAUUUACAUAACGCAUUCAUUCUGAGCACGAUUCACAAUGCGCAAACAAACACAUAUCCUCCUUCCAAGCACAGAGUCGUGGGUUGGGCCAAGCGAAAACGGGCCAGAGACGGGUCGCUCACCGAUGCCGAUCACGAUAUGGAUCCUCGCAAAAAGAAACUCAAAAUGGACAUCAUGUCGCUCAGUAAAGUCGAUCGAGAACGAUUAAAAACGCUGCUAAAAUCAAGCGAUCAAAACAAGUUACAACCGCUCAUCGACAAGUUACUGGAACCCCGUGUCAGUAAACAACCUACUCUUCCGUUUGCUCCGGAUCAAUUCCCUCCUCAAAAUUACAUGAAUGAUUAUUCACGCGGAUUACUGGCACCCUUGUGUAUCGAUCUCAAAGAACUGCCGUCUCCUAGCAUCCUCCACUCACGAAUGACCAGCAUUGCAUUAGAACAUGGCUUGGCAGGCGGGGUCGAACAGGACGCCGUAAAUGCAAUGUUAUUUGCUAUGGAGAGUUACAUCAAGUCUGCGAUAUCCAACACGAUCAGCAAACGACGAGUCAAUCGAUGUAUUGGUGUUCAAAUGAUUACGGCUUCUGAUCAACAAGAAUCUCAAAAGGACAUUGCAUCUGCCACGGGAUCGCAGACACGAGCCACAACUUCACAAUUGGCUCCGAUGAACUCUUCCACGGACGAUGAUCAAUCAACUUCCGACAAUACCAACGUUGUAACAGAAUCUCUCAACCUGCACGAUCUGGCCUUCUCUUUCCAAGUCACCCCGUUUGUUCUCGUUGAGAAUCCGCUCAAUGUUGAAAAGCUUACGGCUCUCAUGACAGACAGUGAAGAUGAAGUCACUGAUGAUGGUCUGGGGGACACCACCUCAGAAGACGAAUUUGAUCUUUGA